AGGACGGACCAGCAAGACAGACCGACCGGGGGCCCGGCGGGCGGAGGGCAGCGCAGCGCAGCCACGUCCCCCCUGGAUCCGCUGGCAGCCGGGCCCGGGGCUUCCGACAUGCCCCCCAGGAGAUUGUGCUGGGCAGACGAUGCUGGACACGAUGGAGGCGCCCGGCCACUCGAGGCAGCUGCUGCUGCAGCUCAACAACCAGCGCACCAAGGGCUUCUUGUGCGACGUGAUCAUCGUGGUGCAGAACGCCCUCUUCCGCGCGCACAAGAACGUGCUGGCGGCCAGCAGCGCCUACCUCAAGUCCCUGGUGGUGCACGACAACCUGCUCAACCUGGACCAUGACAUGGUGAGCCCGGCCGUGUUCCGCCUGGUGCUGGACUUCAUCUACACCGGACGCCUGGCUGAUGGCGCGGAGGCGGCGGCGGCGGCCGUGGCCCCGGGGGCCGAGCCGAGCCUGGGCGCCGUGCUGGCCGCUGCCAGCUACCUGCAGAUCCCCGACCUCGUGGCGCUGUGCAAGAAGCGCCUCAAGCGCCACGGCAAGUACUGCCACCUGCGGGGCGGCAGCGGCGGUGGUGGCGGCUAUGCACCCUACGGGCGGCCGGGCCGGGGCCUAAGGGCCGCCACACCCGUCAUCCAGGCCUGCUACUCGUCCCCAGCCGGGCCUCCGCCGCCGCCCGCCGCCGAGCCGCCGUCGGGCCCCGAAGCCGCCGUGAACACGCACUGCGCCGAGCUGUACGCCUCAGGCCCCGGCCCGGCCGCUGCCCUCUGCGCCCCGGAGCGCCGCUGCUCCCCGCUCUGCGGCCUGGACCUGUCCAAGAAAAGCCCGCCGGGCUCCGCGCCUUCCGAGCGGCCGCCGGGCGAACGCGAACUGCCCCCGCGCCCAGACAGCCCUCCCAGCGCCGGCCCCGCAGCCUACAAGGAGCCGCCGCUGGCCCUGCCGCCGCUGCCGCCGCUGCCCUUCCAGAAGCUGGAGGAGGCCGUCCCGCCUCCGGACCCGUUCCGUGGCGGCGGCGCCAGCCCGGGACCCGAGCCCCCCGGCCGCCCCGACGGGCCCAGCCUCCUCUACCGCUGGAUGAAGCAUGAGCCAGGCCUGGGCAGCUACGGUGACGAGCUGGGCCGGGAGCGCGGCUCCCCCGGCGAGCGCUGCGAGGAGCGCGGCGGGGACCCGGCCGCUUCGCCUGGGGGGCCCCCGCUAGGCCUGGGGCCGCCGCCGCGCUACCCGGGCGGCUUGGACGGGCCUGGCGCGGGCGGCGACGGCGACGACUACAAGAGCAGUAGCGAGGAGACGGGCAGCAGCGAGGAUCCCAGCCCGCCCGGCGGCCACCUCGAGGGCUACCCAUGCCCGCACUUGGCUUACGGCGAGCCUGAGAGCUUCGGUGACAACCUGUACGUGUGCAUCCCGUGCGGCAAGGGCUUCCCCAGCUCGGAGCAGCUGAAUGCGCACGUGGAGGCUCACGUGGAGGAGGAGGAGGCGCUGUAUGGCAGGGCCGAGGCGGCUGAAGUAGCUGCCGGGGCUGCCGGCCUAGGGCCCCCUUUUGGAGGCGGUGGGGACAAGGUCGCUGGCGCCCCGGGCGGCCUGGGCGAGCUGCUGCGGCCAUACCGCUGCGCGUCGUGCGACAAGAGCUACAAGGACCCGGCCACGCUGCGGCAGCACGAGAAGACGCACUGGCUGACCCGGCCCUAUCCAUGCACCAUUUGCGGGAAGAAGUUCACACAGCGCGGGACCAUGACGCGCCACAUGCGCAGCCACUUGGGCCUCAAGCCCUUCGCGUGCGACGCGUGCGGCAUGCGCUUCACGCGCCAGUACCGCCUCACAGAGCACAUGCGCAUCCACUCGGGGGAGAAGCCCUACGAGUGCCAGGUGUGCGGCGGCAAGUUCGCACAGCAACGCAACCUCAUCAGCCACAUGAAGAUGCACGCCGUGGGGGGCGCGGCCGGCGCAGCCAGUGCGCUGGCGGGUCUGGGGGGGCUACCUGGCGUCCCCGGCCCCGAUGGCAAGGGCAAGCUCGACUUCCCCGAGGGCGUCUUUGCCGUGGCCCGCCUCACGGCUGAACAGCUGAGCCUGAAGCAGCAGGACAAGGCGGCCGCGGCAGAGCUGUUGGCGCAGACCACGCACUUCCUGCACGACCCCAAGGUGGCGCUCGAGAGCCUCUACCCGCUGGCUAAGUUCACCGCAGAGCUGGGCCUCAGCCCAGACAAGGCGGCCGAGGUGCUGAGCCAGGGAGCGCACCUGGCCGCCGGACCCGACGGCCGGACCAUCGACCGGUUCUCGCCCACCUAGAGCGCCUCUCCUCGGCCCGCCUCGUCGCUGCCGCGUGGCCCGACCCGCGCCCCCAGGGAAGCGGCGGCGGCAGCGAGCAGGCACACCGCGCCGGGACAACUGUAGUAGCAGCGGCAGCGUCGCCGCAGUGGCGGCGACCCCACCUCUCUGCGGCCUCACCUGGCCUCACUGCUUUGUGCCUUAGCCUGGGGGUGGGGGU